AUGUCUGAGAAUCAAGGAACUUCUACACUGGCCGUUCUUACGGCGCUCUCGGCCAACGCCAUCACCUUUGGCGCCUUCAUGGGAGCAUUUAUCUUGUUUCGAGUAAAAUUCAAACGUAUUUAUGCCCCCAAAAGCUCGUUUGAUUUGGUUCCAGAGGACAAGAAACCAGACCCAUUACCGCUUGAUCCGUUGCGAUGGAUCUUCAUUCUUCUACGAAAACCACCCAGUUUCUUCAUCCAGCAAUGUGGGCUUGACGGAUACUUAUUCUUGAGAUAUCUUAUCGUCAUGGGGCUGACGUUUGCCAUUGGUAUAUUGAUCUGGGUGGUCCUACUCCCAAUCAAUGCAGUGGGAGGCCGGGGAAACGGAGGUCUCGAUCGUUUGUCAAUUUCCAACGUGAAAGAUCCGCACCGCUACUAUGCGCACGCGUUUAUGUCUUGGGUGUUUUAUGGUGGUGUCAUUUUUGUAAUUUACCGUGAGCUCUACUUCUACAACUCUUUGAGAACGGCGGUUAUGACAUCCCCUUUGUAUGCAUCCAAAUUGUCAUCUAGAACCGUAUUGUUUCAGUCUGUUCCUGACUCAUGGUUGGAUGAGAAGCAAUUUUUCAAGUUAUUUAAUGGAGUCAAGCGCAUCUAUGUUACAAGAAAUGUCAGAAAAUUGGUUCUGAAGGUCAACAAAAGACAAGCAUUGGCAAUGCAACUAGAGGCAGCAACCACCAAACUCUUGAAAACAGGAAUAAAAAAUAAAUCCAAGGCAGACAAGAAGGCUAACAAAGAGAAGAAGUACAAGAACAAGACUCUGGAGGUCGAUGAUACAGCUAAACUGAUUCAAGAGUUCGAGUUGUUGGAUGCAACCGUUAAAGGUAUCGACCACUGGGUUCCUGAAGAGAAAAGACCUCGCCAACGUGAGGGCGGUCUUUUCUCCAAGAAAAUUGACACAAUUGAGUACUGUAGAAAAGAACUCAAGACGCUCGACGACGAGAUUUAUACCCUCCAAAAGAGAUAUAGAAAGUUCCACCCCAAGAACUCGAUAUUCGUUGAGUUUGAAGAUCAGUAUUCUGCUGAAAUUGCCCAUCAAUGUGUCUUGAAUCAUUCGCCUUUUACCAUGACUCCAUCUUACAUUGGUGUUGAGCCUUCUGAUAUCGAUUGGAUGAAUAUGAGAUUAUUUUGGUGGGAGAAAAUCGUUCGUAAUGUGAUUGCAAUUGCUGUUGUGUGCGUAUUGGUGAUCUUUUGGGCCACACCAGUUGCAUUUGUCGGUAUGAUAUCCAAUAUCAACUAUAUAACAGAAAAGAUCCAUUUCUUGAGCUUCAUCAAGAAAACUCCUAAAUGGUUGCUCGGAUUCAUCACAGGUCUUUUGCCGACUGUGUUAUUGGCAUUGUUAUUGACCUUGUUGCCCAUGUUCAUUAGAGCCAUGGCCAAGACAGCGGGCGCACCAUCUUAUCAGGAGCGGGAGAGAUUUACUCAUAAUGCUUACUUCUUCUUUUUGUUCGUGAACAGUUUUUUGAUUACUGCACUUGCUUCGUCUGCUGUGGCAACAAUUCAAAGUAUAAUCGACAAUCCGGCAUCUGUUCUCUCUAUUUUGGCAGACAAUUUACCCAAAUCGUCGAACUUUUAUAUCUCUUAUCUUUUGUUGCAAGCUUUUACUAUCGCCGGUGGUUCUCUUCUCCAAGUUGUUGGAUUGGUGCUCUACUUUGUGCUCGGUGCCGCUUUUGAUACAACUCUUCGCAAGAAGUGGGACCGAUUUUCCGUAUUGGGAAGUUUGGAUUGGGGCACAACUUUCCCCAUCUUCAUUAAUUUGGUUUGUAUUUCGCUAGCGUUCUCAAUCAUUGCGCCUAUGAUCCUAUUAUUUGCAGCCGCCGCCAUGCUCUUAUCCUACAUUGCGUACGCUCACAAUCUUUCAUUCGUUUUUGUCGAAAGUCCGAACUGCCGUGGACGUCACUAUUCCAAAGCUUUAUUCCAAACAUUCACUGGCCUCUACACUGGUCAGGUUUGUUUGUUAGGUUUGUUUAUAGUGGGAAAAGGCUAUGGCCCAAUCGUACUACAAGCGAUAGGUCUUGGAUUCACCGCCUUUGCUCACAUCCAACUCAAGAGAGCUUUUGGAAGACAGAUCGAGUAUACGCCACUAGAUGCUAUGAGGGCUCUAGAUGGUGUGUCUACCACCCAUUCAUUCUCGGGUCAUUCAGAGUAUCUGCGGAAGAUUCUUGGAUUCAAGGAAAAUUUUGCCUCCCAAGAUUUUAUCGACCGUGAGAAACUCGUUCAUGCUGCUACUAGACAAGAAAUUGACGAGAAGCUACACCCUGAGGACUCAACUAGUGUUGCAGUGCCCCUUAUGGCAGAUAGAGACUUCAAGAAAACAAAGCAUAACAAUUUUAUCGUUCGAUUCCUUCGACCAGAUGUCUACAUGUCUUUUCUUCGCGUCAAAGAACUCUUACCGAAGUUCUACUAUGAUGUGACUCCAUACGAGGACGACAAGACAGCAUACUUUCAACCUGUGAGCGCUGCGAAAAUGCCAGUACUCUGGAUUCCACAAGAUCCUUAUGGUUGGUCAACGCAAGAGAUAGAGAAGAACAAGCGGGUGUUGAAGAUGUAUGACACCAACUCAGGCUUCAAUUCCAAGGGCGGCAUUGAAUUCUUGGGGCCACCACCUUACUAA